GGCUUCAUUGAUUUUUAAAGAUAAAAUCAUUGUACACCACACAAAACGAGUGGAAAUCGUCAAGUGCUUUGUAUAAAGACUGGACAAAAUCAUAAACUAAGAUGAUCCUGGGAUACGAGUUAGGAAGAAUUGUGUUUCGACAACAGAAAAAGUAAUGGCGUCUGAUUCAAGAAGCUUCCAUUUUGUGUUGGUCCAUGGAGCCUGUUUUGGCGGCUGGUGUUGGUACAAAGUUGCAGACCUCCUUAUGAAAGACGGUCUUACUGUUUCUUCCCUUGACAUGGCCGGCCAAGGCAUUGACACCACUGAUGCAGAUCAAGUUUCCACAUUAGAGCAGUACAAUCAACCUCUCACAGACUUUUUUAAUGCUCUUCCUUCCCAUCACAAGGUGAUACUGGUUGGUCAUAGCGCUGGUGGCUUCAAUCUGACAUACACCAUGGAGCGCUUCCCACAUAAAAUCGCUGCUGCUGUUUUUGUUACUGCACUGAUGACCCUCAGCGGAGCGACUGCCUUUGACAGUUUGAAUGAGAUUUUGUCUCGAAUUGGAAACUUUGGAGACUCCACAUUUUCCUUUGCAAAUGGAGAAGAAAAUAAACCCACAUCUCUAAAGUUUGGCAAACAGUUUUCACAACAAUUUCUGUUACAAAACACACCCUCUUCGGAUAUUUGCUUGACUGAUUCUCUUCUCAAAAAAUGUCCUUUGUUGCAAGGAGCCCUUUCCUACACGAAGGAAAACUAUGGGCAAGUUCUCCGAGCUUACGUUGUGGCCAAAGAAGAUAAAUUGCUCCCGGAGGAAUUCCAGAGAAAAAUGAUUGCAGAGAAUCCUCCGCAAAUGGUAUACGAGAUAGAAGGAUCGGAUCACUCUCCAUUCUUCUGCAAGCCUGAUAGACUUGCUAACAUACUUCUGAAAAUUGCCACUAGAUGUUUAUGUAACUAAUGCUGUGCUUCAAAUGUUGAACUUAUCAAAUAAUUCUUUGCAUACUCCUGCAAAUUGCCAGUAGAUGUCUAUGUACCUAUUGCUGUGCUUAAAAUAGUAAACUUAUUAAAUUCUUCUUCACAAAA